ACAAGACCGAGUUAAUAGUCGACAGUCGUGAGUUUUAUUGAAUUGUGUACAUGCAAGGUUCGUUUUAGAAAGUUACCGCUAAUAUUGACAUGAAUUUAGUACGAGUUCGGUAAAUUAUUAUAUAAACAUGUACAAUUACGUUCAGUAUUUACUUUAUAGAACUAAAAAAAGUAUAUAGCAAUCUCAAAAUACCGACAUAAUAUUUACGUAAAAUGAACGAUGGCAGUGUUAGUUUCCAAUAUAAGUGGACAUAUUCAAAACCAGUUGACUCGAUCUUUAGAACGAAUACUGGAAGAAGCAAACCAAAGUGGAGAGUUGAAAUUAAGUAACAGAAAAUUAAAGGAUUUUCCUAAAACCAACGAAAAAUACAAUUUGAGUGAUACCGUAAUUGCAGAUUUAUCGAAAAAUCGGUUCGGCGAAUUACCGGACGAAGUUCUCGGUUUUCAUUUUUUAGAAAAAUUGCAAUGUUAUCACAACGCCAUACGGUUUAUACCCGAUACCGUAAGCGGCCUUCAGUGUUUGAAUUUCUUAGAUCUCAGCCGGAAUCAGCUGACCAGUCUUCCGAGAGAAUUAUGCCAGUUGCCAAUUCAGAUUCUACUCGUCUCGAACAAUUCCCUUUCGUCCCUCCCUGACGAGAUGUGUCGCAUGUCUCAAUUAACCGAACUGGACGCUUCCUGUAACCAAUUGACGCAUUUACCUCCCCGUUUAGGAGAAUUGAAAUCUCUCCAAUCUUUGGUGUUGCGAAAUAAUCUGUUGCUAGCCGUACCGAUCGAACUGACGUAUCUGAAAUUGGUGAGGCUGGACCUCAGGGCGAAUAGGAUCAGCAACCUUCCCGUCGAGUUGAGAAACGUAUUGAGUUUGAUCGAAUUAUCGGUUGAGGAUAAUCCUCUCACUAGUCCUCCGGCAAGUUUAUGCAAACGAGGUAGGGUGCACAUAUUCAAAUAUUUAGAAUUAGAAGCCUUAAAGUUCGAUAGACGGACGGACGCCGGUGGCGGAACGUUGAGUAGGAAGUCGAGAAGAAGCGGCGCGGGUACAUCACCCGGACCUCUACUUCUUACUCACAAUCGACACAAAAGACAGAAUGUCGAUAGCGGUUACAGUACCAGUAGCGAUUGUUACGAUAAACGAUGGUCCCAAGAAAUAACGAUACGAACCAAUGAUCAAAACGGCACCCAAUCGACGUUAUCUACACCGUCGACGUUAUCGCCGGCUCUAGAAAGCAACAACGACGAAGACAACGUAAAAAUGGACGAUUUCGACAAAAUGGACGGUUCAAAGGCUUCUAAAGAUCACGCCAGCGUACGUCUUAGCCCUUGUCCGGACACAUUUCCCAACUGCAAUGGAAUCGACGAUAAAAAACCAUUGCAACAAAUCCAAACUUACAGGGAAUACAAAGAGGCCCUUAAGCAACAAAGGGCGCAAGACGUGCCUUCCAUAUAUCGAACAAAAGACGACCAAAGUUACAAAACCGAGCCGAACACCCCAACCCACCAUUUAUCUCCUUCGCAAACUUUGGCGACUUCUCGAUCCGAUCCUACCCCGUUAAAUUCGGCUUUCAGUAGUAGUCCAAAGACGGUGUUCGACGAUACGAGCCCGACCAACAAACCCGUACAAAAAGUACAACCGUCUAGAACGUACUCAUCGCCGAUCCAUACGAACGGCUUAGGGGAAAAUAGAAACGGAUCCUCGACGACCAGGAUAAGCGGUUACGUUAAACCGAAAUCGCCCGUUAAAGGACACCGCGUCGACGUGAUGUCGCACGAUAAUGUGCCCGCUAUCAAAUCUGUGAUUACCAAUGGGAAAAACUCGCCGAAAAUCGGAACGAUGCAUUCGAUACCGAUACAGAUGAUGCCGAAGAGUCCGAAAACUGCGAAGAGCAUCAGUUGGAACCAGGAUACUCACAAUGACAAAUUGUCGUUUACUAUGAGGAGGGAGAUUGAUAAGGCGAAAGAGGAAACGGAUCUCAUUAAUCAAUUGAGAAACAUCAUAGAAACCAGACUGAAAAUGGCCUUGCCGGAAGAUCUGGCGCCAGCUUUGACAGAUGGCGUUGUAUUAUGCCAUUUAGCAAAUUAUAUAAAACCCAGAUCGGUGGCCAGUAUCCAUGUACCAUCGCCAGCUGUUCCUAAACUGACGAUGGCUAGAUGUAGGAGAAACGUCGACAACUUCAUAGAGGCUUGUCGAAAAAUCGGAGUCGAUGAGAAUCUUUUAUGUUGCGCUGCAGACGUAUUAGAAGGUAAAGGUCUAGUGCAAGUAGCUGUGACGGUGACUGAACUAUUGAGAUUCCACAUGCCCAGAUCUCCCUUGCACACAACUUCAAUGUCAACUGUGGUUUAGUUAAAAGGAGAAUUUUAAUUUUGGAGUUUAAUGUAUCACAAAUAAUAACCGGUAUUUAUUUAAAAAUAUGUUAUCGAGCGUGUAUUUAAUUAAAAUUCGAUUAUAGGAAUAUUUUGCUUUAUAUAUUUUUUUUUAUACAACUACGAUUUGAUAGAAACAAAGCAUUCAUAUUUGGAAAAUUAUUGUCACAAUUCGAUUGGGACGCACUGUAUAUACCAUAAUUAUAUUUUUUCCUAAUAUUUCCAUAUUUAAACAACUUAAACGAUGUGGUUAUCUAAAAACAUCCUAAAUUGAGCAGUGCAGAGGAAAAGAAUGCUAUAUCGGGACUCAAUACAUCAUAAGACCAUCUUGUAUACAACCAAAAUCUCCUAUUUCAAAAAAAAUCUCGAUCAAACGUUUUUUUUCUGAACUUUAAUUGUUAUUUUCAAAAUUUUUUAUUGUUAAGAGCUUUAUUGGGACGCCCUGUAUAUGCAAUACUAUAUUUUUUCCUAAUAUUUCCAUAUUUAAACAACUUAAACGAUGUGGUUAUCUAAAAACAUCCUAAAUUGAGCACUGCAGAGGAAAAGAAUGCUAUAUCGGGGCUCAAUACAUCAUAAGACCAACUUUUAUAUAACCAAAAUCUUCUAUUUCAAAAAAAAUCUCGAUCAAACGUUUUUUUAUGAACAUUAAUUGUUAUUUUCAAAAUUUUUUAUUGUUAAGAGCUUUAUUGGGACGCCCUGUAUAUGCAAUACUAGUAUUUUUUCCCAAUAUUUCCAUAUUUAAACAACUUGAACGAUGUGGUUGUCUAAAAACAUCCUAAAUUGAGCAGUGCAGAGGAAAAGAAUGCUAUAUCGGGACUCAAUACAUCAUAAGACCAUCUUGUAUACAACCAAAAUCUCCUAUUUCAAAAAAAAUCUCGAUCAAACGUUUUUUUUCUGAACUUUAAUUGUUAUUUUCAAAAUUUUUUAUUGUUAAGAGCUUUAUUGGGACGCCCUGUAUAUGCAAUACUAUAUUUUUUCCUAAUAUUUCCAUAUUUAAACAACUUAAACGAUGUGGUUAUCUAAAAACAUCCUAAAUUGAGCACUGCAGAGGAAAAGAAUGCUAUAUCGGGGCUCAAUACAUCAUAAGACCAACUUUUAUAUAACCAAAAUCUUCUAUUUCAAAAAAAAUCUCGAUCAAACGUUUUUUUAUGAACAUUAAUUGUUAUUUUCAAAAUUUUUUAUUGUUAAGAGCUUUAUUGGGACGCCCUGUAUAUGCAAUACUAGUAUUUUUUCCCAAUAUUUCCAUAUUUAAACAACUUGAACGAUGUGGUUGUCUAAAAACAUCCUAAAUUGAGCAGUGCAGAGGAAAAGAAUGCUAUAUCGGGGCUCAAUACAUCAUAAGACCAUUUUGUAUACAACCAAAAUCUCCUAUUUCGAAAAAAAUCUCGAUCAAACGUUUUUUUAUGAACAUUAAUUGUUAUUUUCAAAAUUUUUUAUUGUUAAGAGCUUUAUUGGGACGCCCUGUAUAUGCAAUACUAGUAUUUUUUCCCAAUAUUUCCAUAUUUAAACAACUUGAACGAUGUGGUUGUCUAAAAACAUCCUAAAUUGAGCAGUGCAGAGGAAAAGAAUGCUAUAUCAGGGCUCUAAGUAUCAAAACUAUACAAUCAUCAACAAAAACAAGACUUUUUGUGAGCAUAAUUGUUUUUUUAAUUAAGUCAAUUAUGGUGUGAUUAUUUUUUGAAAAUCUAAUAAUUUUCUCUAUAAAAAAAAAUAGUGACAGAUUAUUUUAAACAAAAAAAUUAAUACGCACAACAAUACUUUUUAAAUAUGAUUGCUUGCAUAAAUCUACAAAUAAUUUUUAGAAUUUGUCUACUGCGUUUUCUUUUAUCGACUUUUUUAUUUAUUUAAAAUUACGAAAAUAACAAAUUUUUCCCUAAAUCUAGGGAAAAACAAAUCAAGUUGACAUCAAUGCGACUCAGCUGUCAUGUCAUCACCUUCCUUAUAAAUAUUCUAAUAAACAGUGUUGCCGUACUUCUUCUAACGAAUUUCUUCCAAUUUAUAAACAAAAAAGUCAUAUUUCAAAAUAAUAACUAAAAAAUAUAUUCGAGAAAAUUUAAUAAAUACACAAUUUUGUCAUAAAAUCUUUAAAAUUCGUAUAAAAACCUUCAAUUUUUAAGUGGUAAAAACUACAGUUCAAAUCUGGCAACAUUGACUAAAUAUAAAUGUGGAAACAUUGACUACAAUGUUGCCAAAUACGUGGAAAAUUCCUGUUAAUCAUUUAUACCGAAACGAAUUUGUUUUAGUAUAGAAUUUGAAUUCAAAACAUACAAGGUAACUCAAAAAAUUAUAAAAUUAAUUACUUUUUAUUACAUCAAAAUAUUACUAAUACCACCCCCAUUAAAAGGGGUAAAAAUUAAAAAAAAGUGGUUUCUUCCUUAUUUUUUGGGAAACAAAUUUUAUAACUAUAAUCAAUUCUACUAAUUAAUGUACAUAAUUUUUGUUCACCUUGUAUAUAUUGAACUAAAACUAUUUCAACUUAAAAUCGUUUCGGUAUAAAAGACAAAACAAGAAAUUUUCAUAGUUAAUUCUGUCAACACUGUAAUACUGUCAAGUUUCCAGAACGUUUGCUGAUUAAACAGUGUUGCCAAAAUUAAUUAUUGUAGUCGAACACAAUGUUAUAACCAUCGAACUAUACGCAAAACCAAUCACCGAACUAAUAACACUCUAAAAUCACGUGAUUUCAAUAUUAAAAAUUGAUUUUGUUCCUCAAAGUAGAUAUAACCAGUUUGAAGCGGUUCGGAAAAUUAUAUUUUGUCAAUUUUAUAGUAGACAAUUUCUAAUUAACAACAUCGAAGGAGAUUUGUAGGUAUUGGAAUUUAUUUUACGUGUGAUUUAUUAUUUAGGUUAGUGUACAUUUUUUGUAUUAUUUAUUUUAGUGUAUAAUUUUUAUAUAUCUAAACAUAUCUCGAACAAUUUAUAUAUAUAUAUAUAUAUACAUAUAUGAGUUUUCUUGGUGUGAUUGUGGCAAAAUUAGACACAAAGUGUACUAAUUUUGCCACAAUCCCACUACGAAAACUCCAAUAAUUUAACCGGCAGAGAUCUCGUUCCAAUUCAUAGGUAUAUAUGAUCGAAACGGUGCAUUGUCCUCGCAUAUAAAUCAAAUAAAUAAUAAUUGUAACUAUUUUGAUGUCUGACAAUACUUUUUAUAACCAAAUUAAGCUCAAACACAAAUCGUUUAAAUGAAAUAUAUAAAACUGUAAUUAGAAAAACUGAUAUUAAAUUGUUUUGAAUUUCCUCGAUAUCUCUACUACUUACAAAAUCCGGCAACGUUGUUCAAAUAUUAUCCCUAAAUCGUUCUACGUUUCAAUUUUUUAAUGUGAUUGUUUAUAUGGUGUUUCAAUGGAAACUGUACGCUCUAUAUUCAAAAACGAAAUCAUAUCACCGGAUAUAUAAAUUUUAUUAUCACUAUUUUGUAUUUAUUGAUAAUUGCUCGCAAUAAACUAAAUCCUCAGCACUUAAAAUAGUUUAGAACAAUGGACACUUCAAAAUAAGUGAACUUAAACCGCUUGGAGAACAUCCAAGUCAUAGUAUUUGCUGUGAUGAACAUUCAGAUAACAGAACUGACAUAAAGGCUGUAACAGUUUGUUCUAGAGUGCAAAAAAAACCUUCAACACCUGAUAAACUGCAAGGUCCAACUUGUUUUGGUGACCGUGUAUUAAAACAACAACGGGUUGGGUUGUUUCGCUACCAAUUUGCAUCUAAUCUACUCUUGGUACAGUUAUUACAUCUUUCGGUACCCACCUCAAAAGAUAAAUGCUCUAGAAAUGGAUAAAGACGUUGAGGUGGAUCUGAUCCAACUAGGGGUUCGACGUUAGAAGCACCAAGACAGAAAGGAUUGGUGGUUUAGAUAGACAGCCGAUACAAAAAUAACUCUAGAGUAGCUCAAACAGGACCUACCAGAAUCUUGAUGUGCCCUCUAACCCAAAAAUGAAAAACAAUCAAAAAAUCUUGUUUAUGGCGGGCAGUUAUCACUAAAUGAGACAUUUUGAGACCUACAGUACCGGAACUGAAUUUGUAUAAGAGAACGAAAGCGUGUCAUAAUUUUAAUGUGGUGUAUCAAAGACUUAAAUGUAAAUCGAUUAAUUUUAAAAAGUGCCAAAGAUUUUUUUGUAUUUUUGUUUAAGUUCAAGUGCCAGUUGCAAGGAAAUAAAUUUUUCUUUCAAAAACUUGUAACUCGAAUUUUAUUUUUUAAGUGCAUAAUAAUUGUAGCGAAUAGAAAAUUUCAGAAGACUGUGUACUUGAAAAAAUAAAUUUUUUGUACAAAUUACAUUUUCUCUUUUUAUUUUAUUAACUAUGUUAAUUGGAACAUUAGUUUCAAGCAUAUCUACAAUUGUUCAAAAAAAUUUUACGCAUCAACAAGAUCUUUCUAAGCUUUCUCAUUCUCGUUAAUCAUUAAAAACAUUCAGAUAUAUUACUGAACACGAUUAAAAAUACUGAAAAAACACAUUUUUAACAAUAACUUUCAUGUGCAAAGGCUCAACAGAACAAAAAAUUGUUCUUAAGUUUCAUACCAGACUCUAGUGUUCCUAAAAAUAUUAUUUCUACAUAAACAACUGCAUAGUAAUAAUUAAAAAGUGUACAUACUGACAAUUAACCUCAAAUAUAUCAAAAAGAUCCAUAAAAACUCGUUUUUAUCACAAUAAAUUAUCAUUUGCAGUAUAAAAUUACACAGAUUUAUAUUAAUGUAUUGUUUUUUGACACUAAUAAAAAGAUGACAAUUGCAGCCAACGAACGAAAUCUAAAUAUCCAAACUGCAAAUGAAAUCAUAAUUCAUUUUAUUAAGGAAAUCAUAUUUUAAACGUUGGUAUCCGUGUGUCACCGUUGUUGACAGAUUUAUUUUUAUCAAAAUCAAGUAAUAGUGUCAGUACAUUUUGAAGCGUUAUCAAUUUGUAUUUUAUCGAUAACAAAUUAUAAUUUUAUGAAUAAUAUUUAUCUUUUUAUAAUGAUUACUACAAUUUUUAAGUAGUUUAACUGAAAAUAAUAAUAUGCCAAUAGGAAAAAAAUACAACGUGGCAACGAUGUAAAACAUUUUAACGUAAAAUUAAUGAAAAGGUGCGAGGGGAUUAUAAUUUAAAAAAUCAGAAAAACAUUUUUAUUGUUAUUAAUACACAUAUAACAAUUGCAGUUAUAAAAUGAAAUUUUAAUAUCCAAAUUGCAUAUGAAAUCAUUACUCAUAUAUUAGGGAAAUCAUAUUCUAAACGUUGGUACUCGUGCGUCGUCGCUGUUGACAGAUUUAUUUUUAUCAAAAUCAAGUAAUAGUGUCAGUACAUUUUGAAACGUUAUCAAUUUGUAUUUUAUCAAUAUUGAAUUAUUAUAUCAUGAAUAAUUAAUUAUUAUUCUAUUCAGGUUUAUUACCAUAAUGUUUUAUUAGUUUAAUUGUAAGUUAUAAUAAUAAAUUUAAAAUAUCAUUGUACAUCACUUGGAAAAAAAAUUGCAACGUGACAACAAUGUAAUAUAUUUAACCUAACCUCGCAUUCAAAAGUGCGAAAAGGAGAAUAAUUUCAAAUAUUAAAUUGUCAUUUAUUUGAGAUAAAUAAUUCAUCAUUAAUUUCCAACUGAUCUUGUUGAUCUAUAAAUACUAUUAAAUCUGUAGUUUCCAUAUGAAACAAUAUGUGUUAAUGCUUGAAAUUUUUAUUAUAAAAUAUUCAUAGUUGUGUCGUCAAUCUCAUCAAAUAAUUAAUUUCAUUAUUUAAUUAAUGGUGUUUUUGGGAUACGUAUCAUAUGGUUUCAAUUGUUGAUACGAACCACAUAGUUAUGAUCUAACUUCGAUUAUCUAGUCAAGUUAAUAAACAGUAA